UCUAGAGUUAACGCAUGCGCACAACCUGCCCUUCCUUUCUGCUAGCUUCUCCGCCAUGGCGCCUAUUAAAAAGCAGAUCACCGGCAAAGGUGGUAAGAAGAAAAAGCAGGUCCUGAAGUUCACCCUGGACUGCACCCACCCUGUGGAAGAUGGUAUCAUGGACGCAGCCAACUUUGAGCAGUUUCUUCAGGAGCGUAUCAAAGUGAAUGGGAAAGCCGGUAAUCUGGGUAACGGUGUGGUCUCCAUCGAGAGGAACAAGAGCAAGAUCACAGUCUCCUCUGAGGUUCCCUUCUCCAAAAGGUAAUCAGGCACUCUGUUACCUAUAU